AUGUCGCACUGGGGUGCAGGCGUGCAGGAGGAUGCAACGAGUGCGGAAAACACGUCAUGGAUGCAAUGUUGGAGGCCGUGCGAGCCACCUAGCAUCCAAGCUUCCCCUCAGCCCCCGACUUGCGACUGCUCGGCCGCCUUCAGCCAAAUAACAGCCCCAGCGCCGAUGCACGUCCCGCUGCCGGACUUUGUAUCAACAAGACGAUUAGCCAAACAUCAGGCUGCAGUGGCAGGCAGUGGUAGAAAAGUUCGUCUUUUUCACUUCCUGUUCGAGAUGCUGGAGGAUCCGGCCAUGGCCCACUGCGUGUCCUGGGUCCCAGCGGCUGAGGGCGUCUUCCGCUUCUCCGCCCGCAACAAGGACCAGCUAGCGGCACUGUGGGGCCAAAGGAAGGGCAACAAGAGGCUGAUGACAUACCAGAAGAUGUCCCGCGCCCUGAGGAACUACGCCCGGUCGGGAGAGAUUUUCAAGGUGAAGAAGAAGCUCACCUACCAGUUCAGCGAAAACACCCUGAUGCUGCUGCACAGGCGUCACCGUGGAGAUCUGUAA